GCCUCGACCGCUCAUACUGACUAAUUCUACAACAAAUGUCCAGAUGUCCAGCCUGCCAAGUAAAAUACAUAACGUCGGGUACGACUGGGUACCGAUGUAUCUUUAGUUGGGCACAUAACGUAGUAUUCAGCGGGAUCGACAGCCCCCAAAUCAUCGUCGGAAGGAUUUGGUUAGGCGACCCCACGGCUCGGAGUUUCUUAAAAUGAGAUCCAUCAUAUCCACGAGUACGCCCCACCGCCCCUGAUUCCAAGGGCUUUCAAGGGCUGUACCUCGAACUCGUCCAUUACGUACCUAAAUAAUGGAUACGUGGAAUGCACAAAUCGCACCCCUAUUAUACCAAACACUUAGUGGGGAAAACCCGAUUCGCUUGCUUCAUCUCUACCCUGACAAACCUGGCGAGCCGCUUUACGCCGAGCUCGUCUCCACGACCAUCGAAAAAGCUAGCGGGGCGUAUGAAGCCACCAGCUACACAUGGGGCUCGCCAGCAAAUCCCUGCGCUCUACAUUGCAAUAAUUUUAACAUUCAAAUCCAAAGGAAUGCAUUCGACAUGCUACAGGACUUGAGGUUCUUAGAUAAACCUAGGAUUGUUUGGAUUGAUGCUAUCUGUAUCAAUCAAUCUGAUAUAGAGGAGCGGGCGCUUCAGGUUUCUUUUAUGCAUGAUAUAUAUCAACAGGCGAGGAAAGUCCUGAUAUGGCUUGGCAACCCGGAUGAAUACAGCGCCAUGGCUAUGGCCUACGCCGAGGGACUAGACAUAUCAAAAUUGGCCGGGGAAAUUAGAGAGAUGUCUACACCAGGCUGGGGAAUAGAAGAGAAAUCCUAUUUCUUCGAACCGAAUGAGGGAACCGAGUCAAACCAACACCGAACCCUCGGGGUUGCUUUGGUUAGGUUCAUCAACCGGCCGUGGUUUACUCGUGUUUGGGUUCAACAAGAAGCGUCUCUUUGUGCCCAGACUCAAAUGAUAUUACCGAAAAACAUCGGACUAUACCCCGACUAUAUAUCAGAUGACCUAAAUCGAAUGCUUAAUAGUAUCCUCGCAAUACAACAUAUUCAGCGUCGAAGAAAACGAUUACUCCAAGAUCUGAAUGGGGGCUCCAACAAAUCGCAUUGGUCUCUGGCUACCUUCUUGAAUUAUACCAACAGACUGGGUGCCACGGAUCCACGCGACAAAUUGUAUGCACUUCAAUACAUCGCUCAAGAUGCCAGUACGUGGUUUCAGGUCGACUAUAAAAUACCAUGGCAGAUACUAUACGCCGAUGUUUCUCGGAAAUUUCUCCAGAACGGCAUUCUUCAAUUCAUAAGAAGCGCGGGAAAGCCUCGACGUGAAUCAAGGGACAGUCUGGUGCCCUCGUGGGCCUUAGACCUUACGAAUGAUACUCAUUGGGGCAGUGAGACGAUUGUUGAACAUCCGAGUUGGAUGGCGGGUGGUCCGAAGUUUACCUUUGCUUGUGGUGAUUUAAGAGCAGCUGGGAGUGUACAGAAUCUUCCUAGGCGUCAUCGAAGAUGGUUAGAUCUACCAGACGAGUUGAAGAACUUUAACGAUCCUCGAAAGGCACUGCUCCAGAGCUACGCGAACAUUAAGUGCCUCAUAUGUGAUGAAAUUAUAUAUGUAGCUGAUCCUCUUGAUGACCCUUUUGAUGUUGAAGGGAUGCUAGAGAUCUUCGGAAAAGACCUCGAUCAUAUCGCGGAACUCACGGCGCAGACGUAUAUCAACGGUGACAAUCACAUGGACGCCUACAAACUCACGUUGAUAUUAUCCUACAACGAUACGCAGGAAAUAGUACAUUCCGAAUAUAUUCAUAAUAAUUGGGAGCCGUGGAUAGCAUGGUUGAAAGAUCCAACUCGAACGCGGGACAACAUGCCAAUUUUGGAAUACUCUAUAGAAGCUUCAGGGGCGCCCGUCAGCUUCCGCUUCGCAAUGACCAAACACGGAUAUUUCUGUCUCGUUCCCCGUGAAACGCGGCUAAACGAUGUAGUGAGCAUCUUUGUAAGCUAUAGCCUAGGGGUGGUAAUUCGUCCUUGGCAACCACCUUCGCAUCGUAAGAAAAGGGGGCAACACUUUGAAGAGUCGCUAGAACAGACGGAGUAUUUUGAACUCAUUGGGGAUUGUUUCAUCAACGGGAUGAUGAGGAAUGAAGCUCGUUGUCUAAUUGAAGAAUUUCAUUGUAAACCCAAUCCUACCGAUGCGAAACUAGAUGCGAUGAUUCAAGCAUCUAAAAUUCGAAAUGGGGAAUCUUGGAAGACACUGGGGCUUAAUAGCGGAUAUGCGAGACUAUUAGGUACACUAGGUGAACGACUCGUAAAACUUGUAUAA